AUGGUUUCAAGAGUAGUGAACAUGGGCCUCCGUGCCUUCCAGCUCUUCUGUGCUGUCAUCGUCGUUGCUCUCACCGGUGACAUGGUUGCACGCGCAUACAGUGGUGUACACUCAGUCGUCAACUACACAUUGUUCGUCGGUAUCUGGUGGCUGCUCACAUUGCUGUACUUCCUGCCCACAUCCUUCAUCGAGAAGUUCAGCAUCCCACUCGUGGAUAUGGCUUUCGACGGCUUGAGCGUUCUCUUCGGUUUCUGCGCCGCUGUCGCUCUUCCCGCAUACCUCCAUGCGCACAGCUGCUCGAACAGGGCAUACACCCUUACCAACCGCAUCACCAACAGCUCUGCCGACACCGGAAAAAACUGCCGCGAAGCUCAAGCCUCGACUGCCUUCCUGUGGUUCGGCUGGCUUGCCCUUGUUGCAUCGCUCGCCUUCUCCGUCAUGAACGGACGUGGUAGCGGUGCCAACCUUCGUGGCGUCCGUAAGGGACCUGGUAUGAGCCAGGUUUAG